CAAUUUUCGUCUCCGGAUAAGCAGCGAAACCCACAUCUGCUGCAGAAACCAAGAAGCUAUAUCAUGGACACCGCUAGCACGGCGACGGCGGAGGAGGAGGUCACCCGUUUAGAAGACCUCCCGGAGAGCUGCCUGGCACACGUGCUGGCGCUCACCUCCCCGCGCGAUGCUUGUCGCUGCGCCACCGUGUCCCCGUCCUUCCGCGAGGCCGCCGAGUCCGACGCCGUCUGGGAUCGCUUCCUCCCGCCCGACUACCGUGCCAUCCUCCUGCGCUGCUGCUCCGGCCGAACGCCGCCGCUGUCGUCCAAGAAGGAUGCCUACCUCUGGCUUUCUAACGGCGCCGUUCGGGUCGACGAGGGCGACACGGCGGUGUGGUUGGCGAAGGAAAGCGGCGCCAAGUGCGUGGCGCUGUCGGCGAGGAAGCUGAGCCUGCCGUGGGACGACGGCGAGUUCAGCUGGAGAUGGACGCCUCACCCUCGCUCCAGGUUCGCGGAGGUGGCCCAACUGGUGCACUGCACCGGCCUGGAGAUCUACGGCCGGCUGCCGGCCGCUGCGCUGACACCAAGGACGGACUACGCCGCGUACUUGGUAUUUGACGUGGCGGACGAAGGCCACCGCGGCUUGAGCUUUCCGGACCAGGAGACCACAGUGGCAGUCGGAGGUCGUGCGGCGUCGCGCCACGCCGUGUGCCUUCGCCCCGACGACGAUGAGGCGUGCAAGUUCAGAGGCGUGGCCCGUGCAGACGGCCAUGACGGGGUGAGGCGGCCGGCACGACGCGAAGACCGGUGGGCGGAAAUGGAGAUGGGACGGCUACGUAUCGAUGAAGCCAUGGCCCUGGAGAAGGAGGAGGAGGUGAUGGUGAGCUUCGAGGUGUUGGAGUGGUACCCCAAGCGCGGCCUUAUUAUUGAGGCCGUCGAAUUUAGGCCAGUUUGAUUUUACGUGUACUUACCAAAUGGAUUAUAUACCUCAAAAAGCGAUCGAUACGUUA